GAGAAUCCGCCGCGUUGGAACUGAUGACUAUGGCCGACAAUCGCCCCGACGGCGACAGUGCUGCCCGUGCGAAAAAGAGACAAAAGACGGAGCCCACAGACAUGGAUCCCCGACAGAAUAAGUACCUUGCGCAUUGGUAUGAGAACGAGGCGGCUGGAAAUAGCUAUUCUACUGAGGGCUCGAUCCUCGACGGAUUCGAGCGACACAAAACAACAGCUGCUAUGGCCAGGGAAGCGGAGGACUCUUUACUGAACCCUUUUAAUGGUAAAGCGCUCUCAAAUAAGUAUUUCUCGAUUUUGCAAACACGAAGGGAUCUGCCCGUUCAUGCUCAGAGAGAUGAGUUCUUACGACUGUACCAGAAAUCCCAGAUCCUCGUCUUUGUCGGUGAGACCGGUUCGGGAAAAACCACACAGAUCCCUCAGUUCGUACUCUUCGACGAUUUACCCCAUAAACGAGGGAAGCUUGUGGCGUGUACCCAACCCAGGCGAGUUGCAGCCAUGUCCGUUGCAGAGCGAGUCGCAGCGGAGAUGGACGUGAAACUUGGCGAGGAAGUCGGUUACAGCAUUCGUUUCGAGGAUAUGACCAGUCAGAAAACCAUUUUGAAGUACAUGACGGACGGUAUGUUGUUGAGGGAAGCGAUGCACGAUCACGAUCUUAAACGCUACAGCACCAUCAUCUUGGACGAGGCCCACGAGAGAACAAUGGCUACCGAUGUGCUCAUGGGUCUGCUUAAAGAAGUCGUUCAGCGCCGCCCAGAUCUCAAAUUGAUUAUCAUGUCGGCCACUCUAGAUGCCCAAAAAUUCCAACGGUACUUUUGUGAUGCGCCACUCCUCGCGGUCCCUGGACGGACCCACCCUGUCGAAAUCUUUUAUACACCGGAGCCAGAACAAGAUUACGUCGAGGCUGCAAUUCGUACCGUUUUGCAAAUUCACGCCAACGAGCCAGAGGGUGAUAUCCUUCUGUUCCUGACUGGAGAGGAGGAGAUCGAAGAUUCCGUGCGGAAGAUAUCGCUUGAGGUAGAUGAAAUGAUCCGAGAAGCCGAUGCAGGACCUAUGAGAGUAUAUCCCCUCUAUGGAAGCCUCCCCCCCGCGCAACAGCAACGCAUUUUUGACCCUGCGCCUCCACCUCGCAAGGAAGGAGGGCGACCCGGACGGAAGUGUAUUGUGUCGACCAAUAUCGCUGAAACCUCCCUGACCAUCGACGGUAUCGUGUAUGUCGUGGAUCCUGGAUUUUCAAAGCAGAAAGUUUACAACCCCCGCAUCCGUGUCGAGUCACUUUUGGUAUCGCCAAUUUCCAAAGCUUCAGCGCAACAGCGUGCUGGUCGUGCUGGUCGUACACGUCCCGGAAAGUGUUUCAGACUGUAUACCGAGAGCGCAUUUAAGAAGGAACUUAUCGAGCAGACGUACCCUGAAAUUCUUCGCUCCAACUUGUCCUCCACAGUGUUGGAUCUGAAGAAGCUUGGAAUCGACGACCUUGUCCACUUCGAUCUCAUGGAUCCCCCUGCCCCGGAAACCCUCAUGCGCGCCCUAGAAGAAUUAAACUAUCUAGCUUGCUUGGAUGACGAGGGAAAUCUUACACCUCUAGGCCGUCUUGCAUCUGAAUUUCCACUAGACCCUGCUCUAGCCGUGAUGCUGAUCAGCUCCCCGGAAUUCUACUGUUCCAACGAGAUUCUCUCCAUUACGUCUCUCCUUUCCGUCCCACAAAUAUUCGUCCGUCCCGCCUCCCAAAGGAAGCGCGCCGAUGAAAUGAAGAACCUCUUCGCACACCCUGACGGUGACCACCUUACGCUUUUGAACGCCUACCACGCGUUCAAGGGUCCCGAAGCCCAAUCCAACCCACGACAAUGGUGUCAUGAUCAUUUCCUUUCCCUCCGUGCCCUCCAGUCCGCCGAUAACGUUCGACAGCAGCUACAGCGUAUCAUGGAGCGGGAAGAAAUCGAACUCGUGUCUACCCCAUUCGAAGACAAAAAAUAUUACGAAAACAUCCGUCGUGCCCUCGUGGCCGGUUUCUUCAUGCAGGUCGCUAAGAAAGAGAGCCAGGGGAAGAAUCUCUACCGGACUGUCAAGGACAACAAUGAGCCAGUGCUGUUGCACCCUAGUAGUGUCCUGGGUCACGAAGCGGAGUGGAUAUUGUAUAAUGAAUUUGUUCUUACGACAAAGAGCUAUGUUAGGACGGUGACUGCAGUGAAGGGAGAGUGGCUUUUGGAUAUCGCCCCAAUAUACUACGAUAUAUCCGGCUUCCCCAAAGGCGAGAUUCGCUCCGCCUUGAUCCGCGCGGCGGAACGGCUUUCUCGAAAGGAGAAGAUGCGCGCCGACAAGGGAAAGAGAUACUAACAAAAUAAAACACGGAUCUCGUUCAUUUCUCCUCGCAAAUCCUUUACAUACUCCAUUCCAUACCUAUUACAAAACAUAUGUUCGCUGAUAUGAGCGGCAGCCGCGCGUGGGUUAUUUUCCUUAUUUACCUGUUAAAAUAUGGACGAGAAGGAAAGAAAGGGUCUUAGAAUUAUGGGUAUACAUACUGCUUGUUUUCAAAAAGGCUUGUGUGUUUUGUUUUUUAAGUAUCAGAAAUACGGAGUCCAUCUUCUUUUUUAUUCUUCAAUUUUGUGGUUUCCUGCCUUUAUGAAGUUUCUCCUGGAUCUCUACAAAGCUUUCUCGCUGUGGAUUUUAUCUUUUUUCUCUCCCGCAGGUCUUCACUCGGCGAAUACCAUUUCUAGAUUACAUAUAUAGAAGCCUUUUCAUAUUGAAAACGAUUCCCUCCUACGUUCCUAUACGUUGCGUUAUAACAUAGAAACGGAAAGCAAGAGAACUACGUCGAUCGCCGUCUCUUCAUGUAGCUCGCAAACCAGAGAAGGAUGAUCAUUGAACUAGGGCGAUUCAAACCUAAGAAGAGAAGAGAAAAUAUGGAUAAAAUUGGUUUAGUGAGAUAUAGAUAUACUCCUCCACCUAUUGUACAGUACAUGCAUAGACCAACCACACAGAACUCCCUCCCUAUAUAUCCAACAAUCAGAGUGGCAGAAGAUUACAUUACCCUCUCUUCCCUAUCAUACUCCGUGUGAGAUUUGCAACCGGUUCCGAGCUAAAUCAAGUCUAGGAAUGAUAGAUUGGUGUCAAAAAUAGUGAAACGUAAAGAAAAAAAAGAAAAGAAAAAGGGUACGUCGAGUCAAGAAGUACUAGCACUAUUAUGCCCUUCAACCAGGUUAAAAAGGGAAGACCUGGUGGGUUAGGGGAUGGUAGGGAAUGAAAUUGAGGAUUUGGGAAAAAGCAUAUGUUCGUAAGGGUGCUUAGUGAGCUACGGAAUGACCAUGGCAUGGCUGUUUUGAUGGCGGUUUUUGAAACAAGACAUCUCUUAUCUUCACUCUUCAAUCCAAGGUGAUAAACUAGGAUGUCGUGAAAUCCAUAUCAUGACUUCGAGCUUUUCGAUUUCAGUCGUCGUUGCCGGACGUUGUCAUCUGAACAAGGCUUUCUUCGUAUGUAUUUGUAUUCGUGGAUGUAGGAUGAUCGCAUAAAUGCGCAAAGUCUGGUGUUUCACGGAUGUAAAAAUCCAGUCAUCAACUCUCCAGCAAUUCAACCCUUCUCUCGAUUGGCGCCCCUGAAGUGUGAAUGUGAAGGCCAGAUUCGUCCACUUCGCGCUGCAAGUCUCCAAUAAUUUUCUGAGAAAGCGCGAGCGAAUA